CCGAUCGGAUUCUGUGGUUGAAGCUCUGAAGCUUCAACUCGUAGCCGCUGUGAGGAAAGAGAUUCUGGAUAUUUUUAAAAGUAAAUUUCUGGAGACAGUUAAUGUUGCUUUGGACGAAAUCAGGCUUGAUUUUCGAAGUUUGCAGAUACAGUUAGCGAGCGACCAGGCUGCUGCUGAAGCUAAUAUGAUAGCAUUGGAAGGUACCGUGAAGGACGACGUCGCUGCCAUGAAAACCAGAAUUAAAACCCUCGCAGCUGAUGUAGCCAAGUUAGAGGACAAAUGUGAAGAUUUGGAUGCCAGAUCAAGACGAAAAAAUAUUAGGAUCGUGGGAGUACCAGAAGGCCCCGGCAGCAGCAGCACGGUUGCCGUGGCUGCCCUGCUGAAAGAAGCGUUCGCUCUGCGGAAGGAACCGGUUCUGGACCAGUCUCACCGGACCUUUCAACCCAAACCCAAGCCGGGUGCAGGACCGCGACCCAUUGUGGCCACAUUUCUUCACCACGGUGAUUGUGUGGACAUUUUGCGCCGUGCCAGAGAGCUCAGAGAGGUCAGCGUCGGGGAUUUGACCAUCGGUGUUUUUCCCGACCACACUGUGAAGGUUGAUCGUGCCCGGGAAGCGUUCGGCGAUGUCAGACGGCUUCUCCGGUCGGCUGAGGGCGUUCGGUACGGUCUGUUUUAUCCAGCGCGGCUCCGCAUCACUCACGACGGGAUCGAGAAGGACUUUAUUUCAGCUGAAGAAGCCAAAAAUUACGCCGAGACAUUGAUCAACAGGAUGAAGGUGGUCAAUCUGAAACAAGCCAUUCUGCAGGCAUGGAAGGAGCGUUGGAGUGACUACCAGUGGGCAAUCAACAUCAAGAAAAACUUUGCUAAAGGAGCCACAUGGGAUUAUCUUAAUUUGGCAGAAGCCCUAAUGGAACAGGCUCUGAUUGGUCCCUCUCCGAACCCUCUUAUUCUGUCGUACCUGAAAUAUGCUAUAAGUUCACAGAUGGUGUCAUAUUCCAGCGUCCUCACAGCUAUUAGCAAGUUUGACGGUUUUUCUCGGGAGCUGUGUGUUAAAUCACUGCUGGAGAUAAUGGACAUGUUCUGCCAUCGCCUCAGCUGUUACGGGAAAGCAGAGGAGUGCAUCGCGCUGUGCCGGGCUCUUAUGGGCGUAGUGGUGUGGCUGCUGCAGGGUUGUGCCUGGUACUGUGACAAGCUGAGGGAAAUGGAUUCAUCAGCCAGUACUGAGGUCAGCCUGAGAGCCUGCCAGGAGAGGCUCCACAUUCUGCUGAGCAGCACAAAGAACAGAGCUCUGAUCCACAUUGCUCGGCUGGAAGAACAAGGUUUCUGGAGCAAUGUGGAGCAAGCAGUGCUGAAAGUGACGGACAGUCUCGCCAGUGUACCCAGUCAGUCACUGAGGACAAAUGUGCAGGAGAGUUUAUCGCUGGUGAAGAGUAUUCCACUGAUGCUGUCAGUGCAAUCCGACCCUCCUGUUCAUGCCUCCUUCCCAUCAGUCCAUGCUUUCAUCAUGGUGGAAGGGACGAUGAAUUUGACAGCGGAGACGCAGCCGCUGGUGGAACAGUUGAUGAUGAUCAAGAGAAUGCAGAGAGUUCCUACUCCGCUUUUUGUCCUGGAGAUCUGGAAGGCCUGCUUCACAGGUCUCAUUGAGUCACCAGAGGGCACAGAGGAACUCAAAUGGACUGCCUUCACAUUCCUUAAGAUCCCGCAAGUUCUGCUCAGACUAAAGAAAUACCCUCAGGGAGACAAAGGGCAGGACUUCAUGGAGGAUGUAAACGUUGCAUUUCAAUACUUAUUGAAGCUCACACCGCUACUAGACAAAGCAGAUCAAAGAUGCAACUGCGACUGUCUCGGCAUGCUGCUGCAGGAAUGCCACAAGCUUGGCUUGCUGUCUGAACCCAACACAAAUAUUCUCACUGCCAAACGGAAUGAGGACAGGGAGUUUGCUCCGCGGUUAAAAACAGCAGAAAAUGCCAACAUCCAGCCCAACCCAGGUCUGAUCCUUAGAGCUGAACCCACCGUCACCAAUAUCCUCAAGACAGUAGAUGCUGACCAUUCCAAGUCCCCUGAGGGCCUUUUAGGCGUGCUGGGACACAUGCUGUCUGGGAAGAGCCUGGAUUUGCUCCUGGCUGCAGCAGCUGCGACUGGGAAACUUAAAUCAUUCGCUCGAAAGUUCAUUAAGCUUAAUGAGUUUCCCAAAAACAUCAGUGGCGAAGGAUCUAAGCCUGCAUCAGUACGUGCGCUGCUCUUUGACAUCUCCUUCCUCAUGCUCUGUUACAUGGUGCAGACAUACGGUUCUGAAGUGAUCCUGUCAGACCCCAGCACUUCGGCAGAGGCGCCCUUUUUUGAAACGUGGCUGCAGACGUGCAUGCCAGAGGAGGGAAAAACUCUGAAUCCAGAUCACCCCUGCUUCAGGCCUGAGCCUGGCAAAGUGGAGAGCCUGGUGACCCUGCUGAACAACUCUUCAGAGCUGAAGCUAGUUCAGGUAAAAUGGCAUGAAAUCUGUCUCAGCACUCCAGCUGCCAUCUUGGAGGUUCUAAACGCGUGGGAAAACGGUGUGCUGUCUGUGGAAGCAGUCCAGAAAAUAACUGACAACAUCAAGGGGAAGGUGUGCAGUAUGGCCAUCUGUGCCGUGGCCUGGCUGGUGGCUCAUGUCAAGAUGCUGGGGCGGGAUGAGAGGGAGAAACCCCAGACUAUGAUCCGACAGCUCGUGACCCCUUUAUAUGGGGAGAACACUCUCCAGUUUUACAAUGAACGUGUAAUCAUUAUGAAUUCCAUCAUGGAGCACAUGUGUGCCGACGUCUUCCAACAAACGGGCGCGUCCCUUCGCCCCCCGAUGGAGGGUCCGGAUCCAAUUCCCUACCGCAACCUGAUGCCGGCGAAGGAACCGAUCCACAGGGCCCUUAGCCAGCAGUUUCAGGUGGUACUGCGCAAAGGCUGGGUGGACAGCCGAGCUCUGCAUCUGUUUGAGAGUCUUCUCAGUAUGGGAGGGGUCUUCUGGUUCACAAACAAUUUGGUCAAGGAACUGCUGAAGGAGACCCGACAGGAGUGGGCCAUUCGUGUGGUGGAGCUCCUGUACAGCAUCUUCUGCCUGGACAUGCAGCAGAUCACCCUGACCCUGCUCGGUACUAUACUGCCCAACCUGUUGACAGACUCCGCCCACUGGCCCAGCUUGGCAGACCCACCUGGCAAGGCACUCGCCAAGUUGUCCGUAUGGUGUGCACUCAGCUCCUACUCCUCUCACCACAAAGGCCCAUUCUCAGCUCGCCAACGUAAACGGCAGCGAGAGGAUAUCGAGGACUACAGCAGCCUUUUCCCGCUGGAUGACACUCAACCUUCUAAACUCAUGCGUCUGCUCAGCUCGAAUGAAGACGAGCCUGCAGCUCUUUCCAGUCCAGGAGAUCGGUCAAUGAGCAGUUCCCUGUCUGCCUCCCAGCUCCACACUGUCAACAUGAGGGACCCCCUGAACCGAGUCCUGGCCAACUUGUUCCUCCUCAUUUCCUCCAUCCUGGGCUCAAAGAUGGCGGGACCUCACACCCAGUUUGUGCAGAGUUUUAUGGAGGAGUGCGUUGAGUGUUUGGAGCAGGGAAGCCGUGGAAGCAUCCUGCAGUUUAUGCCUUUUACCAUGGUUUCUGAACUGGUGAAGCUGUCGGCUUUGGCCAAACCUAAAGUUGUCCUGGCCAUCGCUGAUCUCUCUCUGCCGCUGGGGAGGAGAGUUGCUGCCAAAGCCAUUUCUGCCUUGUAAACAGCGAGCCUGUCCAGGACUAAAUUAGCAGUGCGGAGACACUUUACCUUGUAACAGCAGAACACUUUCUUAUUUCUGUUUUUUACAGUGACCGUGCACCCAACAGGACUCACCAUGUAAAUCCUUCCUAUUUCUGUCUUUGUAAAUACUUUGUUUUUUUUUAUUGUUUUGCAGACUUAACUCUUAAGUGUCCAAGUGGGAUCAUUUUGACCACAGGCAUAUAUUUUUGUGCACCAUUUUUCUAAUUUUAAUAGGAAAAACGUUUUCUACCAUGAAUUUGUCAGUCUGUUUGCCCAGAGUGUGGAUGAAAAUAGCUGCAUUGAUGGACAUGAGUCAGCAUCAAACAGUGAAGAUCGUAUGUCUGAGAUGUCAGACCACCCUGAUAUAGAAUAUUUUGAUGGUAUAAUUAUCCCGUCAUGUUGUAAUACAUAUUUCACUCAAAGAAACUUUACUUUUUAUUUGUUGUUUUCAUAUUUGAUGCAGAUAAAAGAAAAAUUCAAAGAAUAAAAGGUAAUGUGCAUUUUAUAAGAUGUAAGAGACAAGGGUUGUCUAAAUAACUGUGCAGUUGUAUGCAAAAGUUUGGGCACCCCCUCAUAAUUUUCAGGAUUUUCCUUUAUAAAUCAUUGGUUGUCUGGAUCAGAAAUUUCAGUUAAAUAUAUCAUAUAGCAGACAAACAC